AUGCUUCACAUGGAAAAACAUUUCUCGAUACAACUGUAUACUAAACACAGAAAACUACCCGUACCCUCAGCCAACCUUCUACCACAGUUUACAUUCAGCCGACCAGCACGUUGUUAUCGAUACUGCAAGAAUAAGACUUCUCCUAAGUCCCACUUCUGCAGGAGUGUUCCUGAUCCCAAGAUCAGGGUAUUUGAUGUGGGCAGGAAAAAGACUAAGGUUGAUGAGUUCCCACUCCAUGGGCACAUGGUGUCAGAUGAAUAUGAGCAGUUGUCAUCAGAAACUCUAGAAGCUGCUCGUAUCUAUGCCAACAAAUACAUGGUGAAGAGUUGUGGCAAGGAUGGUUUUCACAUCCAUGUGCGCCUGCACCCCUUCCAUGUCAUCCACAUCAACAAAAUGUUAUCAUGUGCUGGCUGCUGGAGGACCACAUCAACUGGAGUUGACAGGCUCCAGACUGGAAUGUGUGGUGCUUUUGGCAAGCCUCAGGGCACUGUGGCCCGUGUGCACAUCGGCCAAGUCAUCAUGUCCAUCCGCACCAAGGUGCAAAACAAGGAGCAUGUUACUGACGUGCUGUGCAGAGCCACAUUCAAACAUCCUGGAUGUCAGAAGAUCCAUCUUUCUAAGAAAUGGGGCUUCACCAGAUUCAAUGCUGAUAUGUUUGAGGAAACGGUGUCUGAGAAGCACCUGUUCCCUGAUGGCUAUGGAGAUAAAUACAUACCCAACAGGGGUCCUUUAGAUAAAUGGUGUGCCUUGCGUGCAGCAUGA